AUGUGCUACUGCUAUGCAUCUCUUAUCAAGGGACUUUAUUUUAGCAACACAGUGUGUCCAGAAGAAACGGAAGGAGAAAGAGGUUCAGAGAGAGAGAAACUCGUUUUGACAUUUCUCUUAGCAACCACGGGAUUUUUGAUCGGUUAUGCCCCUGGAAUUUUGUUCUACACAAUUGUCGCAUCACGGGAUGUUCAACAGGAAGACUUAUUAUUGUACUCUGUUCUUAGAGCUGUGCUUGACUUUUUGUUCAAUUGUAGUUUAUGUCUAAACCCAAUUUUCUACGCCUUUCGCAGUACGCAUUUUAAGGAAGGUUUUAAACGGCUUCUGAAAUGCCAAGAGCCUACAUCACAGAAUGAGAUUCAGCUUGGAGCAUAA